AGUUCAGCAGGUUAACUGUUUGUGUUGAACCGAACCUAUUCGCGAUGGACAGCCGGUCGGCAGGUGGCGCAUUGCGGAGGGCGGAUGUUUUCAGAUUAAUGUUAACGUUAGCGUCGUCAGUUUAAUUUAAGGUGCAGCACAUGCGAAAGUAGAAUUGGAGUAGGUGUCUGUGUGAUAUAACUUGAAGACGAAUUAGAUCUACUACAUAUUCCUGGCAGAAGUACAGUUAACUUGAACUAUUUUGCUUUUAUCCGUCACAAACAGCUCCAACGGCUGUGUAACUGAUUUCUGUAUUUUGAAAAUCCAGCCACCGGAAGUAUUAUUUAUCAUUAUAUCUUGCUUGACAGUGGUCACACAGGCACAUCAGCUGUACAAGCGAGGGGAAUACUGACCCAAUUAACUGUACGCGGGACAACAGCGACGACACAUCACUGCGACCGACCGAAGUACCAUUUUCUCUAACUCAGUGAGAAGAAGCUGUGCGUGGGACUUGGUGUCAUUACAGAGAAAGCUCCACCAACCUGUCUGCCUAGAAGCCAAUACAGAGCUGACAAGUGCGCUAUUGAAUGCUGCAACUGAGAGAGAGGAAGAGGAGGAAAACAUAGCCAAAGAGAGAGAGCGAGAACUUGUCCUUUCUGCAUAUAAGGGAACUUUUGGACACAGAGAUCAUUGUUUUGCAGAAGCUUCUCAUGGGAAAAGGAGCUAUUGAAAUGUCUGUAAUGACUGAGCUUUCAUCAGCCCAGGUGACCGAGUGUACCUGAGCGUUACGCACUCAAAAUCACCAUCAGCCUGUGGGCAUUUGCUGUGCAGUUAAAAGGCAAAUCUACGGUGACUUCAGCGUGGGGGGAAAAAAACAUUACUGUAUCCCUCCUAUGUUUGUCUGGAUUAUUUUUAUCUUUAGCUUUUUCCCCCCUGUUUUAGUGGCUUACCUGUGAGAGAAAAAGAAGCGCAGAAGGGCAAAUGACUGUUUGUGGAUUUGGAACUUACUGAGCUGUUGAUUAUAGCACAGAACAAGGCUGCUGGGACUCUGCAUCAUCUGUGUGCAGGAAUGCAGAGUCACAUAUAGAGGCACACCAUGCAGUGUACUGUUUGAGCAGCUGAGUCUGUGAAGGCCCCGGAGGCGGCCAUGUUGGAUCUUUUCCUCAGAGUGUUGGUGUUGAUCCGUCUUCACCCGUCACCUCACAGCACCUUGCUGCCAACCUAACUCUUCGCUCCCUCUCUCUUCCUGCAUCGCUUUCUUCCACCGCCUGGCCGGGAGAAAGGUCCUUGUGGAAAAUGUCCUAUGCACACCACAAGCUGCUUACCUGGAGCUUACCUCAACUCCUCCUCCUACCACUGACCUUCCUCUGGCUCUUGGCUCCUACCACAGGUGUGUCAGCAAAUCUCUGCCGGGUGGCCGGCGGGGUGCUGGGGAUCCACUGGAGUAGCACCAUCACCAUGGGUUGGCACCCUAUGGCAGACGGGAGAGGCGGGGCGACAUGUUGGGAGUCCUGCUGCUUGAAUCCGAGCUGCAAUGCUGUGUGGAGCCUUGGCGGGCGAUGUGUGCUUCUCAGCUGCACGCUGAAAAGUGGCUGCCCAAUCUCCUUCCUGCCGCAGCCCCACCAGGAGUCCCUUGGUCUCCUUCAGCUUCUCACAAAGGGUCCCGUCACAAGAAGACUCAGAAAAGCUCGUCACUCACAGCCUGCAAGAAGCUACAGACAACUUACCAGCAUGGAAAGUCUUACACUGCAAAUAGCUCACCCAACUCCAACAGCACCCAGCACCUUCACACUUCUUCAAACCGCCCAAAAGAACCAUACCCUGUUAGCUAAUGGGAGCACAGACACUGCUUCAGCUCCAUCACAGCAGAUCUCAACGGUGGACAACACCAUCAAUAUUGCUGCGUCUUCCAAAAGCAAUGAGGUUGGCAUACCCACAUCAACCACAACUGCUAUCAUCACAACUCCUACACCGGCUGUGAAAGAGCUGGUGGUGUCCGCAGGAGAGAGUGUGGAGGUCACGCUGCCCCGCAACGAUAUCGAACUCAAUGCCUUUGUGGUCCCAACUCCUCCAAACGGGACAAACUAUGCAUUUGACUGGCGUCUGAUAACUCAUCCCAAAGAUUACAGCGGGGAGAUGGAAGGGAAGCACAGCACGACACUUAAACUCAGCAAGCUGACUGUGGGCCUGUAUGAGUUUGAGGUGACGGUGGACGGGGAGGGGGCCCAUGGAGAAGGUUACGUCAAUGUCACAGUCAAACCAGAGCCGCGGGUAAACAAGCCUCCUGUUGCUGUAGUUUCCCCAAAGUUCCAGGAGAUCUCUUUGCCAACAAGCUCCACUGUCAUAGACGGCAGCCAGAGCACCGAUGAUGACAAGGUGGUGGCGUGGCACUGGGAAGAGAUUAAAGGUCCCCUGAGGGAGGAGAAGGUCUCUGCCGACACACCCGUCCUGACCCUCACCAGUCUGGUGCAUGGGAACUACACGUUCAGUUUGACAGUGACAGACUCAGACGGAGCCACAAACUCGACACAGGCCACGCUCUCAGUCAACAAAGCCAAGGAUUACCGGCCUGUGGCCAACGCCGGCCCUAACCAGGUCAUCCAGUUGCCGCGCAAUUCCAUCACUCUGUACGGCAACCAAAGCACUGACGACCAUGAUUCCCUGUCUUAUGAGUGGUCCCUCAGCCCCGAGAGCAAAGACAAGGUGGUGGAGAUGCAGGGCGUACGGACACCGAUCUUGCAGCUGUCGGCUAUGCAGGAAGGAGACUACACCUUCCAACUGACUGUGACAGACUCUGCUGGACAGCAAGACACUGCGCAGGUCACUGUCAUUGUACAGCCAGAAAACAACAAGCCACCAGUAGCAGAUGCAGGACCGGAGAAAGAGCUGACGUUGCCGGUUGAUCGAACCACGCUGGAUGGCAAUAAAAGCAGCGACGACCAGAAGAUAGCCACCUACCACUGGAAACAAACCAAGGGUCCUGAUGGUGUGAAGAUUGAGAAUGCAGACACGGCUGUUGCCACGGUGACAGGUCUUGAGGUCGGCACGUACGAGUUCACCCUGACAGUAACUGAUGAGAGGAAGCUGGCGAGUAGCGACACUGUCACGGUCAUCGUCAGAGAAGAACUGGACCAGCCGCCAGUGGCUCAUGUUGUGUCGAGUCCGCCCAUCGCUCUGCCUGCCAGGACCGCCACUCUAGAUGGAUCUCGCUCCACUGAUGACAAAGGUGGCGUCAGCUACCUGUGGACCAGAGAUGACAGCAGCCCUGCCGCUGGGGAUGUACUGAACAGUUCAGACCACCAGGCAGUGCUGUUUCUGGGAAACCUGGUGGAGGGGAAGUACAGCUUCACCCUAACUGUAACUGACAGUAAGGGACAGACCAGCACUGACAGGGGCACAGUGGAGGUCAAACCAGACGUAUGGGAGCGUGACCUAGUGGAGUUGGUGCUGGAGGUCUCUGUAUCCCAGGUCUCCCACCGGCAGCGUGACAUGCUGCUGCGCCAGGUUGGGGUUUUACUGGGUGUGCUCGACAGCGACAUCAUAGUGCGGGAGAUCAGUGCGUAUAAUGAGCACAGCACUCGUUUGGUCUUCCUGGUGUCAGGUGGUCCAGGGCGCCCUCCUCUGUCUGGCCACAGCGUUGCACUUAGCCUACGCAACAAACUGCGCAAGCAGAAGAAUGACUUUCUCAUCUACAAGGCUCGACAAGUGGAUACAGUCAUCUGCCAGCUAAACUGCUCAGGUCACGGCGAAUGUGACUCAUUCACACGGAGCUGUGUCUGCCACCCUUUCUGGAUGGAGAACUUCAUCCGAGCUCAGCUUGGAGAUGCAGAGAGCAAUUGUGAGUGGAGCGUGCUCUAUGUGACCAUAGCAUCCUUUAUGAUUGUGGUUGCUAUAGCAACAGUUGUCUGGGGGAUGGUGUGUUGCUGCAACAGGCGUAAGAGCAAAGUGCGCAGGAGCAAAAGCAGGUAUAAAAUACUAGAAGCUGAUGAGCAGGACAGUUUGGAGCUACAACCACCUAGAGCUGCCCGCAUGAAGCCGGUGCCCGCUCCCACCUCCUCCGCCCUCAUGCACUCAGACUCCGACCUGUACAGCGAUGACGGUCAGGGCGGGGUCCCGUGGACGGAGCAGGAGCGCGGGCAUCUCCUGCGGCCCCAGAAUGGCUCCCUGAGGAACGGGCAGGGGCCGGUGAGGGGCAAAAAGCAAAGAGAGGAGCUGCUAUAGCAAGGGAGGAAGGGGGGAGCUCGCUGCUGCCCUCACACACACAUCGCAUCUCAGCUGUCACAACCCUCUGUUCCUCACUCUUCCUGUUUCUCUUUUGUCGUUGUUCAACACAAAAACCCUCACACCUCUCAUCUAUGAAGAGAGACUGUGUGUUGCCUGGAUUUAGGAAGAGAAAGAAGGAAAAACAUGCGGUCACAGAAAAAACACCACUGUACUGAAAUUCCCCUGCUCCCACACUGAGCCAAUAUGGAGGGGAAAAAAACUGUUUGCUGAGAACUAGUAGUGAGCACUGUGUUUUUAAUGGUAAAACAAUAUAACGUAGACCCCUUUUAUUUAACACAGUGACUUAAAGAAUGUAGUUACCCCUCUUACUGAGGCACAUGUUGUUUAGAGACCGUGGGAGAGUAAGUAGCCUGAGUGACACUUGACUUUCUUGAUUUUAAAAAAAAGAAAAGAAGCUUCACUUACACAAAAACCAGCCACUUGACACGCUCGCUCACACCUUGCCUCUUGUAGACACGCAUGUACGCACACAAAGACAUCGUUUUCACACUGUUCCAGGUCAACCCUGAUGCUACCAAACACUGCCAUGUUAAAACCAAUGGUUAACUCUGCUCUGAUGAUUUUUGUUAAGAGGCCAAACACGGUGACUCUUUGGAAAGAACCAAACACAACCAAAAUAGAGCUACCAACAGCAAUGGACACUCCUCCUCCAAAAAAAGAAAAAAAAUAUGUGCAUGAAGAGUGAAAGUAGUUCUGGUAUAAUUUGAUACUGGAAUGAUCGCCUGCACGUUUUGUAUGUUGGGUGUAUGUGUAGAUUUUUCUGGCUGCUGAGCCAAAACAUGUUUGUUCAGAGCAGUUUAUACAUUUUUAUUUCUGUUAUUAACCCAGGGAAGAGUCACAGUGUUGUUAGUUGUGUCGAUCAGAGGCAGAAGGUGUCUUUCAAAAAAACAAAAACGCCUCGCUUUUACUCUGAAGGCUUCUCUGUGGAUUAAAUCACUGGAACACACACUGGAAUACACAACGUUAAUGAGUUUGGUUUGAUAAUGAGGAGAAGUUCCCAAGACAACGAAUAGGAUGGACUGAACACUUCUUCCUCACUCACUUCAUUAUUCAUUAAUGGAAUGACUCCUUGAACCAUGAAGACCACUUAAGUUUUUUGUUGUUUUUUUUUUUAUUACCAACCUUUAGGCUGUGAUUAGAUGUCGAUGCACUUUGAUUUCAUGUCUGUCAGCUUCAGUCUUAUUUUGUCUCGUGUUGGUUAAAACGGGAGAUCUAUGAUGGUUAAAGUUGUAAGGUUCAGCCCUAAACACGGGACUUGACUGCAUUCCAAAUAAAUUAAAUACUUCAUUUCGUUGACUUAAAAGAUGAGGGGAUGCAAUUUCAGCGACCAUAUGAUAUGUUUGCUUGCUUUCCUUUUGGCAAAUGUUCAAUUAGUUCAAUUUGAGGAUUACAAAAAUACACCAAAAAAAAUCUGUAUGAGUGACAUGAUCAAGACAGACAUUAGACAUUAAUUGUAAAAGUAUUACUAAACUUCCUCUAGGAAUGAAAGUGAGUUGUGUGUCCAGUAGGACCUGAAACUGUGUUAAAUCCCACAAACAAAUGAUUUCUUCCCACAACUGGGAUAAGAGCAGAAGGUUAAUAUGAGGAGAGAGGAGAUUGCCAUAAACGCAGCAGGAACAGGUCUCAAAGGAAGGCUGUAAGAACAUAGAAGAGAACGAACAGAAGCUGCUUUUGUUUCUUCUGUGUAUCUGCGGCAGUGACGGGUGUUUCUGCACUGAUUGAAAACUUGAACCAAAUGACUCUUCCAUGCAACAUCUCAGUGUGUGAUUGCUUUACAUGUGAAACUGGCCUGUAAGUCCCCUUUUCUUUGGUUGUUGAAUGUUAAAAGGUCAUUACAACCGUUCAACUUGUACUCUGUGAGGUAAGCAAACUUUUGCAAAAAAACAUGUCUUAUUGCUUACUGUUAAGUCAUCUCAUGCCGAUGUCAGUUCUGCUGCACCCAGUGAACGUCAGGCCAGAUUCUUUUAAAAAUACUUCAUUCAGACUUGCUGUAUUUAUCUGUCCAUCUUUUGCCACCUUGUGUGAGGCAAAUUAAAAUCUAGUGCACCCAAGUGCCAACUCUGAAAAAUCUCAUCUUUUGAACACUGAUGGCAUAAUUUGAUGCUGUUUCACUCUCAUUUUGUUUACCUGUGUACCGUUUUCCCCCAAAACUCGCAGUAAAAAAAAACAACUUUGAAGGAUAAUUUGUUACCUAUUUGACAACAAAAAAUUCAGUAUUUCUUCUGUUACAUGUACAUUUGCCUUUUUUUUUAAUUUUAUUUUUUAAGAUUUAUAUAAGUGAGUAAAUUGACCUUGACUCUGAUGGAGUCCACUGUGAAGGCAGACAGAAAAUAUGGAGAAACUGUUAAUUGAAGGGAGUUUUAAUUUAAGAUGUUUUAAAAGAUGUUUUAGUGAAGGAUUACCUUUUAUUUCCUUCUGUGUGGCCAGGCCUGAUGCAACUGGAUAAUCUGUAACAUAAAAAAUAAAAAUGUUUCAGUUCUUGA